CACUCAUUGGAUUUAAUAUUCUACGUGAUUGGUCCUCAAACUGAAAAUGAGCUUAUGCUCAAUGCCGCCCUCACCGCCUACAUGGAUUCUUUAUCAAUGUUGCUCAGAAAUCAGGUGGAGAAGAGGUCUGUCCUCGAAAACUUGGAUUUGGCACUGCUAUGCUUAGACGAGACCAUUGACGAAGGGUAUGUUGGAUUCAAUUCCAUUGAUACCCUUAAUGACAAUCUAACGUUUCACAGAGUGAUUGUGGAGACCGAUUCGACGGCUAUUGCGUCUCGUGUCAAGAGGCAAGGAAUUUCCAUGGAUAAAGCGCUUAUCGAGCUCCUGGCUGGUGCAACAGAGUUUGAACUCCGCUUACAUCCAGAUCGACCAGAGGAAGACGUCUUAGAUGAUGCCCCAUCACCCAACAGCCAAGUUUACUGCUUCAUCGAUUCCUUUCAUUUUCUUUAA